UCCAACUCGCAAGCGGCUCGCCGCAACCCUCUAGGGUUUCAAGGAACAAAAAUGGGGAUGAGAGAUGAUUACAAGUUUCUUCAAAUCAAGGACGCUUUGCCUUGUCUCAAUCAGAAAGUGAAUCUGAUCGGCGUCAUAGUCGAGCACAGCGUCCCAAGGUGGACAAAGGGCACUGACUGCUUUUGUUCUCUGAAAAUUAUUGAUGAAUCACAUCAGGGGCCUGGGAUUACUGUUAAUAUUUUCUGUGAAGAUAUGGAAAAGCUCCCCCGUGUUGCGUCGGCUGGUGAUAUAAUUUUGCUUGCCCAUAUUGUGGUAUUCCCUAACAUCCGAAUUUCAUUUAUGAAAAACCAUGGUUGUGAUGUAUAUGCUCUGUUCAACAAGAAGUUCUCUGCAUUUGCUUUAUAUGAAGGGAAAUACUGUAGUGAUUUAAAUCCUUAUCAAAUUUCUUCCAAAUUCCAUCCUAGAGAUCAGGACAAGAAGUUUAUAGCAGAAUUGAGAGAAUGGUUGGCUGGUUUUCAGCUUGAAGCAGGGUCGAAGGAAUCAUCUUUGUUGAGAGAGAUAAGGGAAGGUGAACGUUUUGAUUUGGUUUGCAAGAUUCUUCAUAAGUGUGAAGUUACCGAGGAUAAGUGGAUGAUCUUUGUCUGGGAUGGAACGGAUGCUCCACCAGUUACAAUUCAAUCAAAGCUAGAAGAUGAAGUGGAAAAUCCACUUCCUUUACAGUUGGAACCUAUGCCUUUGUCAAGAGAAAUUCUAUGUACAUUUCCUGCUGUUGGAACUAUACUAAGGGUUAUUAUUGAUCAAGGCAAUGAGAAGCUGGGCAUCCACUUACUAAAUACUGGAAAGUGGGUGAGAUUUGUUAACAUAAUCUGCGAAGUACAUGCAGGAUUGUGGCGUGGGGUGAUAAAGCCUUUCACCAAGCUCCAGUGUUUUCCUGAUGAGGACCCUCUCAUAUUACAGCGCCAAAGGCUUUAUGAUGAGCGGAUAUUCUCAAAAUGGGAAAGGAUGCCAUUCACGAGCUUUCCUUGGCAUUCUCGAAUUACAGAGACUGAUUAUAGGCAUGUGCCAUUUGUUACAUUGAUGGAUGUUCUCACCUGUUUGAAGGUAACAGCUAAAUUCAAGUGUGUAGUUCGAGCUGUAGCAGCGUAUCCAUGGCAGGCUGAGGACUUCUGCUCUCCUUCUGGGACAUACAGGAUUAGGCUGACCCUGGAAGACCCAACUGCCAGAAUCCAUGCUUUUGUGUAUGCUAAAGAUGGGGAUACCUCCGAAUCCAUCAUUAGAGGCGUCGGUUUCUACAAUCAUAAAUGCUUCAGGGUCAGGAAGACAAAGCUUGCAACAGGAGAAAUUUUUUGAAGGUUACCCCCCUGUUGAUGUAUUGAAGAGGAAGCGAAACAAAUUGCUUGGAGUUGAUGAAAGUGAGUGUGGCAAAAGAAUAAAUGAUGCUCCUACUAGAAAUCCACCAUGGAUAGAGUGUUGCCUGAAAUCUUACUACCUGGUUAAAACCGAUGCUUGGGGAAGUAGGAACUAUCGUAUCUUUGGCACCAAGCUAGUGGGAUAAGAAAUUUAAUGAUCAUUUCUAGUUACCGAGGAGAGGAAAAAAAAGAAAAAAGAAAAAAAAAAUGAACCAAGCUUUUAUAUAGUGAAUGUAUAGCUGUAUUUUGGGUGAAGUUUUCCUAUUUACUGUGGCCAAGUUUUCCCAUGGAGUGGGAAUGCUGGCUAUUGAUAAUUUUGUGGUAUUACUAUUUCUGGUGCUCGAAUCUUAUGUUGAAUAAUCUUAUGCAAAUAUUUGCUUUGUUA